UCUACUUUCUGACGUAUUAGCUUUGUUAGCUCCUUUUUAUAAAGUAACCAAAAUGUUAUUAAGCAUUAUGUAUGCUACUCUUAAUAUAGUCUGUUAUACAAUGCACUACUUUAAAAAAACUAUAGCUCUAUCUAAAGACGAAGAUAAUAAAUAUUAUACAAAUUUAUUAAAUAAUGAAUUAGAUGAAGUUGCAAGCCAAGAUGAAGAUACUAAUAAUAAAGUUAUAACUACAAUUGAUAAACUAAAUGAAUUGUAUCGAAUUGAGCAAGCUACUAUUAUUGAAGAAUCAAAUGAUAAUUUAUAUAUUAGCUCAUCUGAAUUAUUAGUCAUAAAUGAACCUUCAAAUACUAGUACUAAUCAAGUUAAUUAUUUUUUACUCAGAAUAUAUGAAGAUUCAGAUAAUAAAAGUAGUAUUUUUAAUAAAGUUGUUCAAUACUUAGCUUUACUAAAA